AUGAGCAGCGCAGAGCUUCGUACCCAAGAUGUGGUGAAGGUGCUCACGAAUGAGCAUACCAAGCGCCAAGGGGAGAAGGUGACAACAACAGCGACAAUGGUCAAGACUGAAGAUGCAGCCAAGGCCUUCAACACUGAGCGCGAGCCAUACAAGUGCACCUUCUGUGGGAAGGUGGGACACACCGUCGAUCGCUGUUGGUCCAAGCAGAAGAAUGAAAGUCGAGGAGCCCGACGCGGCGGCAAUGGUCGUGGACGCGGGACAAAAAAUGUCCAGCGGGGACAAUAUCGUGAUGAAGGCAGCGACUACGAUCAAGUAGAGUUUGCAGUUUCGCUAGAGUGUGGACUCUCAGCGAAGAAGGACGUGUCCGGAAUGUGGGCCGUCGACAGUGAUGCAACACACCACAUAUGUCACGACAAGACCAAGUUUGCAAGACUGAACAAGCGCAACGACGGUGAAAUCUUGGUGGUUCUGCCCGACGGUGAAGAGCGCGAGAUCGAGAUCGAUAACGUGCUUUACGUACCAAGCAUGAGCAAGAAUCUACUUUCGGUACCGCAGAUCAACAAGCACGGCAAGUUUCUAGUCGGGUUCGACGGGACCAAGAUGUUUUUCGCUCGCAAAGGAUCGCAACAAGUGGUGGCAACAGCAGAUCUUGUGGAUGGCCUUUACUGGCUUCACACAGCUCAUCGAUCGGCCAAUGCGACAACAAACGGAAGCAACGGUGUCGACUUACAUGCGCGGAUGGGACACGCUCCAGCUGAUGUGCUUCUCAAAAUGGUGGCCACGAACAUGAUCAAGGAUGUGAAGGUACCUCUCACGUCAAGUGGAUCAAGAGCAUGCCGAGGAUGUCAACAAGGGAAAAUGGUCCAAAAUCCAUUCCCACGCAACCAGGACAAGCGCAGAUACGACACCUUCGAGCUACUUCACGUCGACAUCUGCGGACCCAUGGAGAUGAAUUCUCUGGGUGGCAGAAAGUAUCUACUGCUGAUCGUUGACGAAGCCAGUGGAUGCAUGAAGGGCUUCUGUCUACGUGUGAAGUCGGAGAGUGAAAACUACAUCACACGAUACAAUAAGAUGGUGCAAGCGCAGUUUGUCAAGAAGGUCAAGCUCGUCCAACACGACGGAGCCCGCGAGUUCGCAACGAACUCGCUUCAAGAUUUCUACGAGGAUGAAGGCAUUGAACAGCAGACGACGGUGCCGUAUGCACACCAGAACAACGGAACAGCAAUCGCGCCAUCGGGACUAUCGUCACGAUCGGCCGCAGCAUGCUUCACCAUGCCAAGUUGGACAAGUGCUUCUGGGCUGAAUUAG